AUGUUUGAUAACCAUGAACUUGACACUGUAUUGAGUACACUUCGCAUGGAAGCAGACCCUUCUUUCCACCCUUUGUUCGAAGAGUUUGAAAAAUUUUAUGAACAAAAAUUAUGGUUUCAGUUGUCUGAAUCCUUAAACAAAUUUUUUGACGACGCCAAAUCUACACCAUUGAGACUUAGACUGUACGAUAAUUUUGUCUCUAGAUUUUAUGAUAAGAUAAACCAAUUAUCAGUAGUAAAGUUCCUGCUUGCAUCUUUAAAAGAUUCUAAAAAUUUUGAUGAGUCUUUAAAGUAUUUGAGUGAUUUGAAGACUCAAUUCCAAGAGCUUGACACUAAAAAGCAAAGAAAUGAUGGAUCAAAAGAUCACAAAGAUGGAAUAUUGUUAAUAGACAUAGAAAUUGCAAGAACUUACCUGUUAAAGAAUAACUUAGUUAAAGCAAGAGAUUUAUUAGAUGAUUUAGAAAAAACAUUGGAUAAAAAGGAUUCUUUACCACUAAGAAUAACCAACAGCUUUUAUUCUACAAAUUCUCAAUAUUUCAAGUUCAAAAAUGAUUUCAAUUCCUUUUAUUAUACAAGUCUAUUAUACCUUUCCACAUUAGAACCAUCUACAAGCAUCACUUUAGCGGAACGCCAACAAUUAGCCUAUGAUUUAAGUAUUUCAGCAUUGUUGGGUGACAAGAUUUACAAUUUCGGUGAACUGUUACAUCAUCAAGUAAUGGACACCAUAGUCGAUGAUUCCAAUUAUGACUGGCUAUUCCAAUUAUUGAAUGCGUUGACUGUUGGUGAUUUUGACAAAUUUGAUUCAUUGAUAAAAGUUCAAAUUUCCAAGAUUCCAGUAUUAGCAGAACAUGAAUCCUUUUUACGACAAAAGAUUUGCUUAAUGACACUAAUUGAAACAGUUUUUGUCAAGAAUAUUAGAAUGUUGUCUUUUGAUGAUAUCUCCGAGGCAACCCAUUUACCAAAGGAUAAUGUUGAACAUUUAGUCAUGAGAGCCAUAAGUUUACGCCUAUUAAGGGGCUGUAUUGAUCAGGUAAACGAGUUAGUAACCAUCUCGUGGGUCCAACCAAGAAUUAUAAGUGGUGAUCAAAUCACAAAGAUGAAAGGAAGACUGGUAGAAUGGAAUGAUCAAGUCGAGAAACUAGGUGAAAAAAUGGAAGCUCGCGGCCAAUCGAUUUGGGUUUGA